UGACUUUGAAUACAUGAAUGCUAGGAGAUUGUAUUGUCAUAUUAGCAUAAGACAGAUUUGAUUGAUUAAAGAGUAUAAUGUAAAAUGUAUUGCUUGUUAACAGUAGUGAUAAGGAUAAUGAUAAUAAGGUCACCUAUAAGUAAUCAGGCAUUUCACUAUGCAAAACUCUUUACGCUACAUCAAAUGUUAACAAUUACAAUCCUUUUAUAAACUUUACUGUAAAAUGUCGAACUAUUCACGUGAGAUAUGAUCAGUGUAUGGCAAACCAAUUAAAAUUUAUUCAUUUUUCGAAUAGAUUUAUUUGAUUCAAGCGUUUGGUGACCAGUACGUACAAUCUAAAAGAGGAAUAAUGUUCAAUGAACAAAUCAAGGGAUAAUUGAAUUCAUAAUUGUAGCAAUGCUCAGCAUACAUUUGUGUUAUCCAUUCAAUCGAAUACUAUAUGAAAGAAACAUUGAUUACACUUUAUACUAUACUAUUUUAACACGUAUUUUUCAAGGUUUUAUCAUUCUGUUUAUUUUCUUCAAUAUUAUAUACUUUAUAAUAAUUUUUAUAAAUGGUAUAUAUUAUAUGAUAUGUAAUGAUAAAGUUAUUGUAUAUACCGAGAAGCAUAACAGUGUAUACCCUGUUGAUAAUAGUAUGAAUCAUACUGGAUAUUAUGAAUACUUACUUACACCGAAUACAACAUAUAUUCAUACAAUCCUUUCACCAAAAAACCAAUGUAAUUCAUUAUCAUAUAAUAAUGAAACAAAUAUUCUACUAUUUAUUAAAUCAACAAUUGAUCAGUUUGAAUUACGCCAAUCAUUACGUAAUACAUGGGCUAAUUAUAAAUGUUAUAUAAAAUAUGGUAUUAGAGCAUAUAUUUACUUUACUCUUGGUAGACAGAAUAUAUCAGCAUGGAAUACAUCAUCAUUAAUACAAUCUAGAAUAUUUUAUGAACAUAAAAUAUAUCAAGAUAUUCUACAAUUUGAUUUUAUUGAAAGUUAUUAUAAUGUAACACGAAAAUUGAUUGGAACCAUUGAAUACGCUACUUUACAUUGUUUUAAUGCAAAGUUUAUUUUAUUAAUUGAUCAAGAUUUUAUUGUUAAUCCAAUGAAUUUAGCAAAAUAUCUUUCAAAUAUUAAUACUAUUGAAUAUACUAGAUAUGUUGGAGGUUAUAUAAUUCAACAUGCUGUACCAUUUCGAAAUGAAAAUAGUAAAUGGUUUAUUUCGAAUAGAAAUUUCCCAUUCAAUUCAUAUCCAAGUUAUCCUAUUGGUGGAACAAUAAUUUUUAGUCGACCAGUUGUUAUUACCUUGAAUAAGAUAUUACGUCAUAUGAAAUUAUUCCCCUUUGAUGAUGUAUUAAUUGGUAUUAUUUUAGAAAAACUUCAAAUUCCAAUUGUUCAUAUAAAAAUAUUUUCUUUGAAAAAUAUAUUUCAAAUGUUAGACAACAGUUUAUUACUUUACACACUUAUGAUAAUGCGAAUAUUCUGUUUAAUAUAUGGAAAUCUUUACGAUUCUAUGAUAUGUGUAUAUAAUAUAAGAUGAAAAAUGCUUCAACUAACACUAAUCAAUCCGUUUCGUUUGUUUUCUUUUUCUAAAAUAAUAUUCAUGUUACUGUAAUUAUCAAUGAUAAGUCGGUGAUUGGCGAAAGUAAUACGGGACUCAUGUUUUAUUCUAUCUGAGAUUUGUUUAUCACCUGGAUGUACCUGCAUCUCAGUGAAUGAUGUUAUUCCCAUUCUUCCUUUCAAACUCCAAAGGGAUAUAUAUUCAUUAAGCCACUGGAGUAUGAUAGCCACAUCUUGUACAAUAGGUGUCAAUUGUUGUAAUGAUACUUGUAAUUUUCAGUUACUCUACACGGCCGAAUUUCUCGACUUCAGUUGGCAGGUGGGCUUCUAUGUGUAUGCCACGAUAUUGCCAGUUAUUCCUGUUAUCCUUUCAGUCGUGGAUUGAGCAUUGGCUGACUAUUGAGUGAUAAAUAAAG